UUCAGCUGUUGAUACAUUGACAAAUGAAAAUGUAAAUAAAUUCUUUUUGGCUAUUGUGUUGUUUAAUCAAAUGGACGCAAAGAUUAAAAUCCUUGUAGUAGGCGAUGUACGCGGACGCUUCAGACAGCUUUUCCAACGCGUGGAUAGCAUCAACAAAAAAGCUGGUCCUUUCGAAAUAUUACUGUGUGUUGGUGAAUUUUUUGGCGCCAAAGAGCAAAAUGAUGAACUGAUUGCAUAUAAGAAUGGCAAUAAGUAUGUGCCCGUGCCCACCUACAUAUUGGGUCCGUGUUCCAAGGAAACAGUCUGCUUCUACGAUGACUUAGUGGAUGGUGAAAUAUGCAGUAAUUUGACAUACUUGGGUAAACGCGGAUUGUAUACGCUCAGCUCUGGUGUAAAAAUAGUCUAUUUGAGUGGUUUGGAGAAGCCCGAUGCAGAAAAAUCGAUUGGCGACGAUAGUAAGAUUUACUUUGACAAAGAUGACAUAUUGUCAAUACGUAACUCCUGCGUGAUUAGUAAAACUUCUGCCUCCGACUAUAAAGGCGUCGACGUGCUACUCAGCUCACAAUGGCCUUACGGCAUAGUGGAAGAUAGUAAAAAUUCCUCAAAAUUGCUAUCGUUUUUGUGCAAAGAAAUCAAGCCACGCUACCAUUUUUGUGGUCAUAAUGGCAAAUAUUACGAGCCACCACCGUUCAGAAUACCCUCUGACCAGCUUACUCAAUUGGAACUUUGCACCCGUUUCAUUUCGUUGGCGGAUGUAGGCAAUGCGAACAAGGAAAAAUAUAUUUAUGCUCUAAGUUUAACGCCUGUAGAGAAAAUGCGCGUUUUGGAACUAAUACAGAAGACAACAAAUGAAACCAAAUGUCCAUUCGUGGGAAUUAAUUUUAAUGAUGUUACAGCGCGCGGCGAGCAAUCGGACAACAAGCAAUAUUUCUAUGAUAUGCAGGCAGGCGGUGACGAUAAUCGCAAGCGAGGCAGCGGCGGAGGUCAACGCCGUGAUAAACGUCCAAGAAUUAUGAAUAUCGAUCAAGAAAAAUGUUGGUUCUGCUUAUCCUCGCCCGAAGUGGAAAAGCAUUUAGUCAUAUCGAUUGGGGAGAAUUUCUAUUUAGCUUUAGCAAAAGGCCCAAUCAAUGAGUUUCACGUGCUUAUUAUGUCUAUCACGCACAUUUCCUCUGCAUCAUUGCUCUCCGACGACGACUGGCAGGAAUUAACUAAAUUUAAAACAGCACUGCGUGACUUUUUCAAAUCGCAUGGGCAGGUUGUUUGCUUUACCGAGCGUCACUACAAGUCAUCUCAUUUGCAAAUUAAUGCAUUGGGUAUUGAUGAAGGAUACGCAUGGAAGAUCAAGCAUGCUUUUGAAGACAAAGCUGAAGAAUUCAAUUUGGAGUUCGAAACACUGCCUCCGCUUACUGCAUCGCAAAUGUUGCCACAGCAAGGUCCCUAUUUCGUAGCGGAGUUGCCUGAUGAGAGUACAUUAAUAACGCGCCAAAUGAAACAUUUCCCACUGCAUUUUGCGCGCGAUGUCUUUUGUUCCGAAAAUUUACUGAACUGCGAAGAAAAGGUUAAUUGGAAAGAUUGUAAACUAGAUAAAGAGGAAGAGAUUGAAAUGGUGAAAAGUUUUCGGAAAAAGUUUCAACAAUAUGACUUUACACUGUAAUGUUUUAAUAAUCGUAUCGAAAAUAUUUAGAGAUUGUAUUAUAUAAUAAAUAUUUCAUUAGA